GCCUAAACGACUUUAAGCAGCGUAGUUUCCUAGGUCUCCCUCUCUCUUUCCCCCUUGAGCACUCGAACAAAGUAAGCUACCCAAAUCUCGAGAGAAAAGAAAACAUAAGCAGAUGGGUUGCACUAGAGACAAGCAUAUACGAUCCGCCCGAAGGACUCAAUCGGUGAAACAUGAGAUCGAUCAUUGCUGCCUUCUUGAUAAAGCUUCAAUAUCCAAAUCCAUACUCGAAUCAGGUAUCAAACCCUUGAAUUACCAUUUGGGUGUAAACGACUCGGCCCAAAGCCCUAAUCAUAACCCUAAUAACAGUACCGAUGCUAAUGAUCAUGGUUUGGGGUAUUGCACUGAGGAAGAAUUAGAGGAAAUUUUAUUGAAAAACCUGGGAUUUUUAUACAAUGAAGCGAUAUCUAAGCUUAUAUCGUUAGGUUACGAUGAGGAUGUUGCAUUAAAGGCUAUAUUGAGAAAUGGGCAUUGCUAUGGUGGAAUGGAUGUUUUGACUAAUAUUUUGCACAAUUCAUUGGCUUAUUUGAAUAGUAGUUGUGAUAGUAGUAACGGGGGUAAUUCAGAGGAAUCUGAGUCUGGUUUUCCGGAUUUGAGGCAAUUGGAGGAAUACUCGCUUGCUGGUAUGAUUUGUUUGUUGCAGCAAGUUAGGCCUCCUUUGAGUAAAGGUGAUGCUAUGUGGUGUUUGCUUAUGAGUGAUCUUCACGUGGGUAAGGCUAGUACUAUGGAGAUUCCAUCACUUCCUUCACCCACUAAUGCAUGUAGUCCGAUGUCAAAUGACCUAGAGAGUGUUGAUAAUAAUGGGGUUGGUGUUAUGUCACCGGCGAUGUAUAGAUUUCAUGGUGGCUGGGGUUUUGGGAACGGAGGUGAGUUUGCAGUGAAUGGGUUAUUUUCCUGUAAUGCUGGAAUGACUUUGCAGAGGGAUAUCGAGUGUCCAAAGAGGAUCAAUCUUUCACCUUCAAUGAAGUCUUUGUUGAAAAAGAAUGUUGCAAUCUUUGCUGCUAGUUUUAGAGCUAAUUCAAAACAAAUGCAGACACAAAAUCAGGCUUUUGCGGGCACAAUGUCAAGGGGGGAUGCCCCACUGGCUGUUGCUGGGGGUGAAGUUUCUGCUGAGAAAUCAGAGGAGUCGCAGACUUUGAUCAGUCAGGAUGGGGUUAAUUCAGUAUUGAGUAAAUUUCGUGAUUUAAAUAUUGAUGAGAAUUUAGAGUAUGUUGGGGAAGAUCAGAAAAGUGAGAUGAUAAUUUCUCUGCUUCAUCAGAUAAAGGAUCUCGAGAAGCAAGUGAAAGAGAGGAAGGACUGGGCUCAUCAGAAGGCAAUGCAAGCUGCAAGAAAGCUUAGUAGUGAUCUAACAGAGCUUAAAAUGCUGAGGAUGGAGAGAGAAGAGAUGCAGCAAAUGAAGAAGGGGAAAAACACAAUAGAUGACUCAACCAUGAAAAGGUUGUCAGAGAUGGAGAAUGCACUGCGGAAAGCUAGUGGACAGGUGGAUCGUGCAAAUGCAGCUGUGAGACGGCUUGAGACUGAGAAUGCAGAAAUCAGAGCUGAGAUGGAGGCAUCUAAAUUGAGUGCAUCAGAAUCAGUCACAACCUUUCUGGAGGUUGCGAAAAGGGAGAAGAAGUGCCUGAAGAAGCUUUUGACUUGGGAGAAACAGAAAGCUAAGUUGCAGGAGUUGAUUGCUGAUGAAAAGGAGAAGAUUAAAGAUCUUCAACAAUGCUUAGCUCGAGCAGAGAAGGAUCAGAAAGAAACUGAGUCAAAGUGGAGAGAGGAGUUAAAGGCCAAAGAGCUUGCCUUGGCUCAAGUGGAGCAGGAACAAUGCUCCAAGGAAGCAACUGAAGCGAGCAAUAAAAGAAAGCUUGAGGCUUUGCGCCUGAAGAUAGAGAUAGACUUUCAGCGUCACAAGGAUGAUCACCAACGACUUGAGCAGGAGCUUUCUCGUCUGAAACUAUCUGCACAAUCUACAGAGUUGAAUCAUCAGUCAGAUAAUUUAUUCACAGGAAAGUCAGAAGGGGCAAAGCCACAGGGAGAAACAAUUACUAAGCUGCUUCAUGAAUUAGAUACACUAGAGGAUUCUUCAGAGAACGAAGUUAACGGUGAUAGAGAAUGCAUAAUAUGUUCCAAAGAUGAAGUCUCUAUUGUUUUCCUGCCUUGUACACACCAGGUUCUAUGUGCCAAGUGCAAUGAAAAUUUUGGGAAGAAGGGUAAAGCUACUUGUCCAUGCUGCCGGGUGCCGAUUGAACAGAGGAUUCGUGUUUAUGGUGCUAGUUCAUAAUGUGUAUUUUCUGUUUAUUGUCCAAGCUGCCUGGUAUUACGCAGUUAUACUUUCCUAGCGCCAUUGAGAAUGCUGGGUUUUGCAUAUACCUGCCUUAAACUAAACUUGCUGCUAGGACUUUAGCAUCAGGUUGAGAACCUGAAUAUAUAACUUCCAUAUGUUCUAUUAAUAAUAUGAUAUUUUCCCAA